UAUUCGCUCAUCUGCCUUUAGACGCAUAUGAACUUAAGUGACAUCCCAUUCUUAAUCCAUAGGGUUUAAUAUGACGUCGGCCCACCCUUUGCAGCUAUAACAGCUUCAACUCUUCUGGGAAGGCUUUCCACAAGGUUUAGGAGUGUGUUUAUGGGAAUUUUUGACCAUUCUUCCAGAAGCGCAUUUGUGAGGUCAGACACUGAUGUUGGACGAGAAGGCCUGGCUCGCAGUCUUCGCUCUAAUUCAUCCCAAAGGUGCUCUAUCGGGUUGAGGUCAGGACUCUGUGCAGGCCAGUCAAGUUCUUCCACACCAAACUCGCUCAUCCAUGUCUUUAUGGACCUUGCUUUGUGCACUGGUCCGCAGUCAUGUUGGAACAGGAAGGGGUCAUCCCCAAACUGUUCCCACAAAGUUGGGAGCAUGGAAUUGUCCAAAAUCUCUUGGUAUGCUGAAGCAUUCAGAGUUCCUUUCACUGGAACUAAGGGGCCAAGCCCAGCUCCUGAAAAACAACCCCACACCAUAAUCCCCCCUCCACCAAACUUCACAGUUGGCACAAUGCAGUCAGACAAGUACCGUUCUCCUGGCAACCGCCAAACCCAGACUCGUCCAUCAGAUUGCCAGAUGGAGAAGCGUGAUUUGUCACUCCAGAGAACGCGUCUCCACUGCUCUAGAGUCCAGUGGCGGCGUGCUUUACACCACUGCAUCCGACGCUUUGCAUUACGCUUGGUGAUGUAUGGCUUGGAUGCAGCUGCUCGGCCAUGGAAACCCAUUCCAUGAAGCUCUCUACGCACUGUUCUUGAGCUAAUCUGAAGGCCACAUGAACUUUGGAGGUCUGUAGCGAUUGACUCUGCAGAAAGUUGGCGACCUCUGCGCACUAUGCACCUCAGCAUACUCUGUCAUUUUACGUGGCCUACCACUUCGUGGCUGAGUUGCUGUCAUUCCCAAUCGCUUCCACUUUGUUAUAAUACCACUGACAGUUGACUGUGGAAUAUUUAGUAGCGAGGAAAUUUCAUGACUGGACUUGUUGCACAGGUGUUAUCCUAUCACAUUACCACGCUGUAAUUUACUGAGCUCCUGAGAGCGGCCCAUUCUUUCACAAAUGUUUGUAGAAGCAGUCUGCAUGCCUAGGUGCUUCAUUUUAUACACCUGUGGCCAUGGAAGUGAUUGGAACACCUGAAUUCAAUUAUUUGGAUGGGUGAGCGAAUACUUUUGGCAAUAUAGUGUA